AUGUCUGCCGCGCAUGUAGCAGCAGCAGUAUACCAAAGCAUCAAUAACCCAGCUAUGGCAACAACCACAGAAUCUCGGCCGCCUUCUCCCAGCGCAUUACCUCCUAUACCAUCAUCUCCAACAUACUCAUACGCAUCCACGGCCGUACCUAUCCCAUCAUCGUUUAACCUCCCUCUACCGCCUCCUCCCCAACCAGCACACUCAGUCCUCACAAAGAGCGACAUCGAAGCAUCACAAAUCGCAUACUCAGAACUAUUAUCUUCCGCGAAAGCCUACCGCUUAGCCCUCGCCGAAUUAUCAUCAUCAGCCUCAACUUUUGGAUCAGCACUAGAAGCAUGUGCGCGACUGAAAGAGGCACGGUCCCCUUCCAUUCAGAGCUCAGAGAGCAUGUCAAAUAGUUUUACCAUACAUGGGAAUUCGGGCGGUUCGAAUUGUACGGCUGAUAGUCUUCUUGCUGCCAGUGGGGUACAUCAGCUUAUAGCGAAUCAUCAACAAAUACUUAGCGAGACUGUGUACAGGAGUUUUGAGGUGCCGUUACUAAGUGACCUGGAUCAAUGGCGUACAAGGAUGGAAGACGAGGAGGAGAGAUAUCAGAAAGAUGCUAAGACAAUGAGUAAAGAGAUAAGAAAAAUGGAGAAAGAAGGGCUAAGGUUACACGGAAAACGGAAACGAGACGUCGGAGCAUUCAGAGAACAUCUCGUCAAACUAACCCUCCAACUAGACGGUCUAACCUCCCUCCACGGCGGUCACGCCCGCGGCCUCCUCCGCGAAGGCCAAGAAAUGAGCACAUCAAUAGUAGAAUGCUCAGCGGGGCUCGUCCGCGCCGAAGUCGACAUCUUCGAAGCCCUCGCGCGCAAAGGCUGGUCCGGCGGCGGUCUCGACGAACUCCUCGAGCGCGGCCGCGAUCUCUUUGCCAACGAAUCCGACGUCUCGGACGCGCACCACUCCAAAAUCUUCAGCAUCCUCCCAAAUAAAUCGAUUCUCGCGGACUCAAAUCAGGAUCCUGCUUCCCGGCCGCAAAUGGCAUCUCAUCCCCAUGACCAUGCGAGGAGUGAUAGUUUGCUGGUGGAGGGACAUGGGUAUCAGAGUCUUACGGCUGCGGUCACGGAUACGGAUGUGAGGAGCGUGUUUUCGGAUAGCGGGAUGAGUCGCACGAGACCGGAUUCUACGACGGGGAUUCUGAAUCGGUCGAGGGGUGCGAGGCCGUUUAGUCCGCCGCCGAGGGAGAGGGUUAGGGAGGGGGGUGAUCCGCUUGAGUUGCCGAAAUCGACGGAUGUGGAAGCGGAUAAGGAUUGUGGACUUUGUGAGGAUGAGACUGCUGAGGGUGAGCUGAGAGAUGGGGAUGAAGGGGUGAAGGAGGGGAGUGUCGAACCUAGGGAAGAGAACGAGGGAGCGGCGGGAACAGCGGCGAAAAAGAGGGAGCGGAGGUGGAGUGUUACUGAUGCUACGGUGUCUGAUUAA